CCAGUAUACAAAAUUAUUUCUUUAAUAAUACAGCACGUUUAUUUAAAAAUAUAUACAUUACGCUUUCGGUUUUUAAUAUCUUUAAUUGACUCAUAUCAUUGACGAUUGUUUUCCUUUGCACAUGGCAAGCUUGAUUAAUAUUCACUUUAUAAGAUCAAUUUAAUUUAUUAAAACCACAUUAGGUUUAUGAAGGAGAAUUGCUAAUAGCAUGCAAUAUUGCAGAAGUGCAGAAGUAAUACAUCAUUCUUUAUUGUGACGCAUCAAAGAAAAUUUGCGACGCCGCCAGUUUGUCAGGAUGUUUUACUUCCAGAAAGACUUCAAUAUUUAGUAUUGCAAGGAGCUUUAAUCAGUAGUGAAAUUUGUUUUUUUAAAUGUUAAAUAACUAGAAGACAAGAGCCGAAAAUGGAGGAAUUUCGUGUGUCAAUACACGGCAACUCGCCAUCGAUAGAGCAGAUCUUACGUCCAAUAUCAUACACGUCAUGGUUCAUGGGCAUCGGUAUUGCACGUCCGCGAAAAUGUUCCAAAGUUGUCACGAUAAUUAUAUGUAUCGUUCAUCUGGUCGUGUGUUCAGUUAGCAUGGUGUACAACAUGAUUGAACUCCUUAAUUUUGUUGGUGUCGCCAAUUUUUACAAUCACAUAUUUCUGUUUAUAUUUCUCAUGAACAUUGUUACGUGCUACGUGUCGGCGUAUUACAUUCUUUAUCACGGAAUCAGGCAAUACGACAAGUGGCUAAUGCUGAUGGACAAAAUAAAAGAGCUCGAUCAAAGAAUCAGGCGAGAAACACACAUUAAUGACCAGCCAGUAAAAAAAGCAGAAGUAAUAGCGAUUCUCGCGACAUUUGCUUGCUGUUUUCUUUUGUUUAUUACACACAUCUGGUCUUUCUUUAUACAUUCGGACGUUUCUUGGUCCGACUCUUUGUUUUAUUACAUUAUAGCUCAGUCGUUGAUUAGCAGUUUCGUCUUUGAUGCUGUUGUCUAUGUGCUAUAUUACAGAUUCCAAACAAUAAAUAAAUUAAUUGGUCAUUUGGAGUCGUCCAGUGCGUUGUGGAUGGCAUUCAAGAUUAAACGCAUCAGAGAAUUACAUGCCGAUGCUUGUGAUCUCGUCAUCAUGGUAAAUGACAUAUACGGCUUUCAUUUUCUUCUUUGCGCGACGAACUGCUUUAUCACGAUCGUAUCUGCUCUGUUCAGAAUCUAUGUAGUUGCGAAAGUAUACUAUAAUUACUACCAUUAUUUGUUGAUAAAUAGUAUAAUUUGGAUUUCGUAUACUAUGCAAUUUGGUCUGAUGUGUGGGGUUUGCACACUUGCGCGUCAAGAAUCUGACAAGACUGGGAUAAUUAUAUGCGCAAUUGUACUGAAAUGUAAACCUCUGAAUUAUGACAUACUGCACGAGACAAGAAUUAAAUCAGGUCUAGGGAUACAAUUAAAAGACUUGAACAGCAAGCAAAAUUGUAAUUGUACUAACAAUCUAAAUUAUGUCGUCAUAGAAAAUCUCUUGCGCAGAGAUCUGGACAGAGAAUAUGUCAGAAACGAGAUCAAUGACUUUUCGAUUCAACUGCAGCAUCGUCGAGUAGCAUUUACGGCGUGUGAUUUCUUCGAAAUGAGCAAUGCACUGUUCUGUGGUGUAAGUACUAAAUUUAUUUACUUGUUUAUAAUUGAUGUAAUAUUAAUUACUUAUAAAUUGUAAUGUAAAUAACAGCUCACAA